UAUUAAAAGACUUCAUGGAGAUAUCGAUUCGAUAGUAGACUGAGCGCUGUAGGAUAGGUCAAUAUAGGUAUACAAUCUUAUAUGUAGACUCUUGUAGAUAUAGUAAAGCCUAAAGGUUAGUCAACUAUAGAUCUACCCGGCAAAAGUUACAGGUACAAUCGAGUGGACCAAGGGCAAUAUGGGGUCACAAGGACUGGUGGCACUCGUGACAGCUGUCGCUUUCAUACUAUCACAUACUGUAAUUGUAUUGACAGCAUCCGAAUUUACGAUGCAACCAGUAUCAGUGGUACAGGCCCAAAGGGUAGAUGCAGUGUUCGAGUGUCGAUAUACUGGAGCACAAAGUUACAAUUGGAGACUCAAUGGAGAGUUUCCCACUGAGGAUACUUAUCCACCUGGUGUGACUGCUACCCCAUCGACUAAUGAUACCCCAGCAACACUGACCAUCCCAGCCAUAGCACAUUACAACAACACUGUUGUCCAAUGUGAGGCAGUGGUUAGAGACGGACGAGCGUUGAUACCCACAUUGUCAGUAAAUGCUACCUUGCACUUGCAAGGACUUCUUCCUGCUGUCGCUGAUCUGGCCGUGAACAAUGUUGCUGGGAACUGUUCACAACUCAACGUCACCUGGGAUGCUCCCUUCUCCCUGAACUUGACCACUGCUGAACCAGACAUACAGUACUGUGUGGAUGUGUAUAACUUUACUGAGGAUAAUCUGCUGCAGUCUGAAUGUAACAUCACUACUACCCAACAUCUGUUUGAUAUAGCCUAUCCUAUGGGUACUUAUAGCUUUUCUGUAACACCACGUAGCAACAUUGACGGCAGCUUGAAUGGAAGCUCCAGUACAGGACAGUUUAGCUAUGAACCACAAGCAAUACCCAGUGAAAAGGUUAAUUUCACUACAACCACGGAAUUGAGUCCUCUGCGAGUGACAUUUCCCCUCGAGUGUCGAGUACCAGAUAUAUACUCCGUUCAUAUUAAGUACAUUGAUCGAGAAGGUUUGGAUUUGUGUUUUUGCUCCACUGAUCAGUCAACUGAAGGUUCUGGAAUGAUUGUGCUUAAUCUUAACUGUAGCAGCUGUAGUGUUGAACGCCAUCGACGAUGUAGCUUGAUUGUUAAACAACAAAACACACAGUCAGCUAUGACUAUGAAUAUAAGUACUCAUGAUGUGUAUAAAGUGACCAAUUUAAAUAUGGAGGAAAAUGAAGUUUCAAUCACUGUCGACUACCUUCCACAGUCUAAUGAUACUGGUUUCGUCGCCAUUGUGUACUCUGUUGAUACCCCUUAUGAUUUACGCUAUAAAGUUGUGUACCGAGAUAAUACAUCAUCCACUGUUGGUAACCUUGCUGAUCGUGUUUACAAGUUGGCUGUUUUUGAUUUGAAUGAUGUUACGAAACCUGAGAGAAAACUAGUAUUUCCGGCUGUAUUACCUAACACAAUACUGGAUAACACUCGAUAUGGUGCCACUGAACCCAGUACAGGAGGAGAGGAUAUGAAUGCUACUGAAGUGAACAGAAUGAUUUGUAUCAGUUGCCGCUCCAGUUGUGUGGGGAUCAUUCACUCCCAGUCUGGGAUUGACCAAGACAACAUCACAUUGAUUCCACGGACUGUUACUGACUCCGGCCAAAACUGCACUGAAAGCAUGUUACAGGGAAUUUACUUUGCUGCCAUAUUCAAACUAAUGUCUAAUAGACUUAAUGAACUGCCAUCAUACAAUACCAUGAUUUCCAUUGGCUCGCCCACUUCUACUACUGCCUCAGAUGCUCAUACUCCAGCUGUAGAAACAGCCAUAGUAGGAGGAAUUGUUGUUGCUGCUACUGUAACAGUUGUUUUGAUUGCUUUUCUGGUAGUGAUUGUGUUUGUUUGGAGAAGGAAGACGCAGGAGAAACAUUAUGCCUUGAGUACCAGCCUUCUUGAGAAUGUAUACGAUGUUGAUCCCCCUCUAAAUAGAGAAUAUUCCAUCCCUUCGGAAGCUGCUGGUGGACCUCCUCCAAUACCGUAUGAGAAUGUUGAGCUGAUGUCACUGACCGGAGCAACAGAGCCACCAGUGUCCAUUGAUGAACCUCCACCAUCUUACAAUGCAGCAGCUACCUCAAAACCGUUCAAACAGCCACAUGAUCAAUCUGUGGAAUCAACACUCAAAGACCCCGUGUAUGAUGUAGCCAACUCAUCACAUUCACAGAACAAAAACAAAACUGAAAUCCCAGUUGUGUACGCUGAUUUGGACGUCAAACCCAAAGCUAAUAGUACUCCUCCAAUGCAACAUCCUGUUGUGUAUGCAUUAAUCGAUGAGUGCUCUCUAGCUCCGAGAAGUGUUGAGAAUAACACACCGUGCCCUCUCCCUUCAUUAUCACCCCCUCCAACUGCCGAGUCUGUCCUUGCUGAAAUAUAUCCCAUUGGUAAUAACUGGGAGGCUUUAGGAGAGGCUCUGGGAAUCAAGGAGCACCACCUUGACUCCUUCUCUACUGAGGGCCACGAGCAGGUCUGUCUGCACGACAUGAUCCUGUACUACUUCACCUUCGGUCCUCGCUCGUGGGAGGACAUUGUCAAGGCUUUGUGGGAGAUUGGGGAGACAGAGGUGGCAGACAAAAUUAUCAGGAGUGGAAAGUGUACAGUAGAGCUUCCGGUCACUUCUCCAACUGAGACCCCACCACCUUUGCCUCCAAGGAAUGACACUGCUAAGGCUGCAAGUCAUCAGACAGAGGCAGGUGAUGACUGGCAAGAUGACAGUGCGCAAGAGAGUGACACUCUAAACACUAAAGAACAUCAAGUAACACAGCAAUGUGUACAGCAUUCAGCUGACGAUCAAGGAGAGUUGGAUGAGUAUAACUCUGGAGUUCACUUCCCUCGAUCUACUGGAGUGGGCAAUAAAUCAGAGGAUGGACCCACUGGCAGGAAAAAUAACUCACUUGCUUCGACUCUGAAUACUAUCAACAAAAUGCCUUACUUUCCAACCAUUUGCAAAUCUGCUGUGCAUGAUCCAAUACCUGACAAAGAAGAGUCAACUGUCCCUUACUGCACAACAAUGAUCCACUCUCUUGGUGUGUUUGAGAAGCUAGAUGUCCCACGUAACCACAAAGUCAGAGCUCUAGGAUAUCUCAACAGUGGCCAAAGUGCACUCUUGAAAACCCUGUACCAGCAGAGAAUGGCGGCUGCAGAUGAGGUUCACGAAAACAACGUUAGUCACGUUGUACCACAAAAUGAUGACACGGCUAUUGAAAACAACGGGUACACAGUGAAGCAAUCUGUCUCAAGUAUCCCUCUCCUUACAAGAGAGGAGACAGUUACAAGAACUCCAAACACCAGUGACAUUCAGUCGACCAGGGUUCGAGACUUCUCAUAUUUUCCCUUCCAUCCAACAACCUGGGCUUAUUUCCAAGGUGUCUGUUUCAAGGGCGUACAACUGCUGGUACAACUGUUGGAGCAUGGUUGUAUCUUUCAGCCAGAAAACUUGUCAUGUAUUCUGUUCUAUCGAACAAUCUGGGCUUAUCUUCGAGGUGUCCGUUUCAAAGGCGUACAACUGCUGGAGCAUGGUUGUAUCUUUCAGCCAGAAAUUGUAGGAGCAAGAACUCUUCAAGUCGCCCUCAGGAAUAUAAUAAACUGCUGGUGAUCUCUGAACUUUGAGGACUACGUAAGAAAUAAACAAGUGUAAAUUUAGCUACAAAGUAUUAUAGUGUUAUUGUUUAAACUCUGUUUUUACCCUCACAUUAAUUUGCUGCUUCUAUUUUGUCAUUAUUAGUAAUCCAAAGCUACACAUUCUCUAUAAUUAUACCGUAGAAAAACCUUACUUUUUGCGUUCUGUUAAUGAUUGUGAUGUCAUACAAGUACCAGUAUCGAA